GAAUGGAAAGAACAGCCACUUUGUGGGAAAAGGUCAAUAAAGAAAUGGAAAAGAGAGGAGUGAAGACUACAGCUGAAAGAUGCAGUGUUAAAUUUGCAGCCAUGAAGAAGAGAUUCAACGAGCUAAAUGAUCAGAAUGUCGACGGUGAAAAGGGCCGAAGGGUUCAGUGGCCGUUUUUCUCUAAGAUGAAUGAACUUCUAGGAUUGUCGGAUGCCUCAACGCUCAAACACGUGCAUGGCGUAGGCGCUGACUCCUCCAAAAUGCGGGAUGAUGACUCCAAUCCGUCUACUCCUCCGCCACCCAAGAAGUCCAGAGCCAGGAACGCUAGGAUUACCCAUCCGGAAUCAAUAUCCCGUUUAAUUGAAAUUGAAAUGGACCGUUCAUCGAUGGACCAGGAAUUCUUAAAGGAAAUAAGAGCCAGUAAUGCUGCUAGUUUAACGAAAACUGAGGCUAUCGUAUCAGCGUCGAAGGCCUUCGAGAAACUAGCUAAUGGGAUGUUAAACAAAUUCCAAAAUAUGCAAGGCGUUGUUUCUACAGAAGUAAGAGAGAAAAUUGGUCUCUAAUUAUAUUUAACUCUUUUUAUCUUUAAUAUUUUUCUUUAGAUGAGCGUAAUACAUCAGUCAGAAGAGGUCGACUAAUGGCAGAACACAUUGAAGAAGAUAAAUUGUGAACGAAUGAACCUCAAAACUUGUCAGAGUGCACUACCACCCCGUUUCCUUUUGUAAUCCACAUUUCCAAAGAAUUGACCAUUGUUUUAUUUCGGUUAUAUCCUCAAUUUGUACCUGAUCUCAUUGUGCAGCAGUAAAUAAAUCUUUUUUUUGUUAUCAUGGGA